CUUUCUAAAAGCUCUCCAGGUGUGAUUUAAAUACGCAUGCUGGGGUGGGACCCACCAGACUAGAUUUAUUAAAUAAUGCCUUUCCUCUUAUUUAGCGGAAGCAUAGCGAGAUUUCGCUUUUUACAUUUAACUCAUUUUAUAGAAAAAAGCAAAGAAAGCCCUAUUCGAUAAAGCAUUCCCUAGGCACUUGCUCUAGUGAUAUGGUGGCUAUUCAUUAGGGACUGUCAUUCCAGCUGAACUCUAUGUCUACUUAAGCAGUUAGACACUGGCUUCUUUAUUUCUGUAGGCUUCUUUAUUUCUGUGCUCUUGUACAUCAUUUCGUAUAUGGUGGAACCCUUCGAAUUACUUGCUUUCCUAGAGUUUGACACGUGGUGAGGGAGGUUUUUUCCUUUAAAAAAGAUUACUAGCAGUUGGAAAAAAUUAAAAGGCUUAUGGCAGGUGUUCAACAAGUUUUUGAUUUAAGAACCAUCUUGACCGGGCGCGGUGGCUUACGCCUGUAAUCCCAGCACUUUGGAAGCCUGAGGUGGGCGGAUCACCUGAGGUCAGGAGUUCGAGACCAGCCUGGCCAACAUGGUAGAAAGCCCGUCUCUACUAAAAAUACAAAAUUAGCCGGGCGUGGUGGCACACGCCUGUAAUCCCAGCUACUCGGGAGGCUGAGGCAGGAAAAUCACUUAAACCUGGGAGGAGAAGGUUGCAGUGAGCCGAGAUCGGCGCCACUGCACUCCAGCCUGGGCGGCAGAGCUAGACUAUCUCAAAAAAAAAAAAAAAAAAAAAAAAUGCGGAUCCUCCCUAUCCCCAUUCAAAAGCAACCUUGUGAGGAGGCUCAGCUGUGACAGCAAUCUGUACUCCCCUCCCCCAUUCCCAAGCACGGCACUCUUCCACCUUGCGCCUACUCAGAGCAGGUUUCCGUUUCUUCUCACUUCCCCUUCCGGGUCGGGACGCUGCCCAUGUUCCGGUCUUGCGCACGAGGGUUAGAACGCGGGAACUCCGCCGGCGUUUCUAUGGUAGCGAGUGGCCGGUUCAUUGCGGGGCUAAGCAACAAAGUAGUAUCAGUGUUCGGUGGCUCCACUGGAACUACGCAGAGCCAGGCCAGCGGGACCACAGAAUGGGCUGAGGUGGCGGCGGCUGUUUGGAUAAAGUCGACAGCGGGACGUGGGGCGUGACGCCGUAGUAAAAGCCCAGCUUGAAAAUGGAGAUGUAUGAAACCCUUGGAAAAGUGGGAGAGGGAAGUUACGGAACAGUCAUGAAAUGUAAACAUAAGAAGACUGGGCAGAUAGUAGCCAUUAAGAUAUUUUAUGAGAGACCAGAACGAUCUGUCAACAAAAUUGCGAUGAGAGAAAUAAAGUUUCUAAAGCAAUUUCAUCACGAAAACCUGGUCAAUCUGAUUGAAGUUUUUAGACAGAAAAAGAAAAUUCAUUUGGUAUUUGAAUUUAUUGACCACACAGUAUUAGAUGAGUUACAACAUUAUUGUCAUGGACUAGAGAGUAAACGACUUAGAAAAUACCUCUUCCAGAUCCUUCGAGCAAUUGACUAUCUUCACAGUAAUAAUAUCAUUCAUCGAGAUAUAAAACCUGAGAAUAUUUUAGUAUCCCAGUCAGGAAUUACUAAGCUCUGUGAUUUUGGUUUUGCACGAACACUAGCAGCUCCUGGGGACAUUUAUACGGACUAUGUGGCCACACGCUGGUAUAGAGCUCCAGAAUUAGUAUUAAAAGAUACUUCUUAUGGAAAACCUGUGGAUGUCUGGGCUUUGGGCUGUAUGAUCAUUGAGAUGGCCACUGGAAAUCCCUAUCUUCCUAGUAGUUCUGAUUUGGAUUUACUCCAUAAAAUUGUUUUGAAAAUGGGCAAUUUGUCACCUCACUUGCAGAAUAUCUUUUCCAAGAGCCCCAUUUUCACUGGGGUAGUUCUUCCUCAAGUUCAACACCCCAAAAAUGCAAAAAAAAAUCCAAAGCUUAAUGGAUUGUUGGCAGAUAUAGUUCAUGCUUGUUUACAAAUUGAUCCUGCUGACAGGAUAUCAUCUAGUGAUCUUUUGCAUCAUGAGUAUUUUACUAGAGAUGGAUUUAUUGAAAAAUUCAUGCCAGAACUGAAAGCUAAAUUACUGCAGGAAGCAAAAGUCAAUUUAUUAAUAAAGCCAAAAGAGAGUUCUAAAGAAAAUGAACUCAGGAAAGAUGAAAGAAAAACAGUUUAUACCAAUACACUGCUAAGUAGUUCAGUUUUGGGAAAGGAAAUAGAAAAAGAGAAAAAGCCCAAGGAGAUCAAAGUCACAGUUAUUAAAGUCAAAGGAGGAAGAGGAGAUAUCUCAGAACCAAAAAAGAAAGAGUAUGAAGGUGGACUUGGUCAACAGGAUGCAAAUGAAAAUAUUCAUCCUAUGUCUCCAGAUACAAAACUUGUAACCAUUGAACCACCAAACCCUAUCAAUCCCAGCACUAACUGUAAUGGCUUGAAAGAAAAUUCACAUUGCGGAGGUUCUAUGACAAUGCCACCCAUCAAUCUAACCAACAGUAAUUUGAUGGCUGCAAAUCUCAAUUCAAAUCUCUUUCACCCCAGUGUGAGGUUAACUGAAAGAGCAGAAAAGAGACGCACUUCUUCACAAUCUAUUGGGCAAGUUAUGCCUAAUAGCAGGCAAGAGGAUCCAGGUCCUAUUCAAAGCCAAAUGGAGAAGGGUAUAUUUAAUGAGCGAACAGGUCACAGUGACUAAAUGGCAAAUGAGAACAAAAGGAAGCUGAAUUUUUCCAGAUCUGACAGGAAAGAAUUCCAUUUUCCAGAAUUGCCUGUCACAAUACAGUCAAAAGAUACAAAAGGAAUGGAAGUUAAACAGAUAAAAAUGCUGAAGAGGGAGUCAAAGAAAACAGAUUCAUCUAAGAUAUCAACUAACGUGGAUCAAAAUCAAGAAAAACAAGAGAAUACAGGAAAUGCACAAACUGAAAGGAAGAAGAACUUGCCAGAUGUAGAGUAGAAAAUGCAGCAGCUGAAAAUUCAGGGAAUCCCAGAAUCACUCUGAAAAAUUCUGGAUUAUCCUCCAAGAUGUAACUAAACCAUCAGCUUCUGUGGAAAUACUUCCCCAGCUUCCCCAAGCAACAAGGCCAUCUCUCUUCUGUGCAUGUUUAAUAAAUAAUUUGUUUGCCUGUU